AUGCCAACAAUGCCAGCGACAGGAGGGAAAGGCUUGGAGCCUGCUCCAGAGCGGGAACCACAUUGUGCCCUCACAUCCUCCAGAAGCCAGGCUGGGAGUUGGGCUGUGUUGCCACCUGCCAGCGAUCCGUACACCAAGCCACUCACCUUUGCGGACUGCAUCAGUGAUGAGUUACCGCUGGGAUGGGAAGAGGCGUACGACCCGCAGGUUGGGGAUUACUUCAUAGACCACAACACCAAAACCACGCAGAUCGAGGAUCCCCGGGUACAAUGGCGGCGGGAGCAGGAGCACAUGCUGAAGGACUACCUGGUGAUGGCCCAGGAGGCCCUGAGCGCACAGAAGGAGAUCUACCAGGUGAAGCAGCAGCGCUUGGAGCUUGCACAGCAGGAGUAUCAGCAACUGCACGCCGUCUGGGAGCAUAGGCUGGGCUCCCAGGUCAGCUUAGUCUCCGACUUGUCAUCCAACUCGAAGUACGACCCUGAGAUCCUGAAAGCCGAGAUUGCCACUGCAAAAUCCCGGGUCAGCAAGCUCAAGAGGGAGAUGGUUCACCUGCAGCAUGAACUCCAGUUCAAAGAGCGUGGCUUUCAGACCCUGAAGAAAAUCGAUAAGAAAAUGUCUGACAGCCAGGGAAGCUACAAACUGGAUGAGGCUCAGGCUGUCCUGAGAGAAACGAAAGCCAUCAAGAAGGCCAUCACCUGUGGCGAGAAGGAGAAACAAGAUCUGAUUAAGAGCCUCGCCAUGCUGAAGGAUGGCUUCCGAACCGACAGAGGCUCGCACUCUGACCUGUGGUCCAGCAGCAGUUCCCUGGAGAGCUCGGGUUUCCCGCUGCCCAAGCAGUACCUGGACGUGAGCUCACAGACGGACAUCUCAGGCAGCUUUGGCACCAGCAGCAACAAUCAAUUGGCUGAGAAGGUCAGAUUACGCCUUCGAUAUGAAGAGGCUAAGAGAAGGAUCGCCAACCUAAAGAUCCAGCUGGCCAAGCUUGACAGCGAGGCCUGGCCCGGGGUGCUGGACUCGGAGAGGGACCGUCUGAUCCUCAUCAGUGAGAAGGAGGAGCUGCUGAAGGAGAUGCGAUUUGUCAGCCCCAGGAAGUGGACGCAGGGCGAGGUGGAGCAGCUGGAGAUGGCGCGGAGGCGGCUGGAGAAGGACCUGCAGGCAGCCCGGGACACCCAGAGCAAGGCGCUGACCGAGAGGUUAAAGCUGAACAGCAAGAGGAAGCAGCUGGUGCGGGAGCUGGAGGAAGCCACCCGGCAGGUAGCAACUCUGCACUCCCAGCUGAAGAGCCUUUCCAGCAGCAUGCAGUCCCUGUCCUCCGGCAGCAGCCCUGGGUCCCUGACAUCCAGCCGGGGCUCCCUGGCCGCCUCCAGCCUGGACUCAUCCACCUCGGCCAGCUUCACUGACCUCUACUAUGACCCCUUCGAGCAGCUGGGCUCGGAGCUCCAGAGCAGGGUGGAGCUCCUGCUCCUGGAGGGAGCCACGGGCUUCCGGCCCUCGGGCUGCAUCACCACCAUCCAUGAAGACGAGGUGGCCAAGACUCAGAGGGCAGAGGGGGGCGGACGCCUGCAAGCCCUGCGCUCCCUGUCCGGCACCCCGAAGUCCUUGACCUCCCUGUCCCCACGCUCCUCUCUCUCCUCCCCGUCCCCUCCCUGCUCUCCGCUCAUCGCUGACCCGCUCCUGGCGGGAGACACCUUCCUGAUGCCUCUGGAGUUUGAAGAUCCGGAACUGAGUGCCAGUCUCUGUGAGCUGAGCCUUGGCGGUGGCAGGCAGGAAAGAUACCGACUGGAGGAACCGGGACCCGAGGGCAAGGCGCUGGGCCAAGCUGGGAAUGCGGCCCCAGGGUGUGGCCUGAAAGUGUCCUGUGUCUCUGCUGCAGUGUCGGACGAGUCAGUGGCUGGGGACAGUGGUGUGUACGAGGCUUCCGUGCAAAGACGGGGCGUCGAAGCUGCUGCGUUUGACGGUGAUGAGUCAGAAGCAGUGGGUGCCACUCGGGUGCAGAUCGCCCUGAAGUAUGAUGAGAAAAAUAAGAAGUUCGCAAUAUUAAUCAUCCAGCUGAGUAAUCUCUCUGCUCUGUUACUGCCUCAGGACCGGAAAGUGAACAUCCGUGUGGCCAUCCUUCCUUGCUCCGAAAGCACCACCUGCCUGUUCCGGACCCGGCCCCUGGACGCAGCGGAUACCCUGGUGUUCAAUGAGCCGUUCUGGGUGUCCAUGUCCUACCCAGCCCUUCACCAGAAAACCUUACGUGUCGACGUCUGUACCACUGACAGGAGCCAUGUGGAGGAGUGCCUGGGAGGCGCCCAGAUCAGCCUGGCCGAGGUCUGCCGGGCUGGGGAGAAGUCAACCCGCUGGUACAAUGUCCUGAGCUACAAGUGCUGGAAGGAUCCAAGCAGGGAGGUCAAGUCCUCGAGAGCCACAGGCCUGGGGCCAGAGAGCACGGACACAGUGUCUGCCCUGUUGGAACAGACAGUGAUGGAGCUGGAGAAGAGGCAGGAGGGAAGGGGAAGCUCUCAGAUGCUGGAAGACAGCUGGAGGUUCGAGGAGGAGACCAGUGAGAACGAGGUGGCAGAGGAGGAGGAGGAAGGAAAGGUGGAGGAAGAGGAGGGGGAGGAGGAUGUAUUUGCUGACAGCACCUUACCAGACGUGGACGGGCACCCAGCGGUAAAGGUGGAUAAAGAGACCAACACGGACACAGUAGCCUUGUCCCCCACAGUGGUGCGGCCCAAGGACCGGCGAGUGGGCACCCCGUCGCCAGGGCCGUUUCUUCGAGGGAGCACCAUUAUCCGUUCCAAGACCUUCUCCCCGGGGCCCCAGAGCCAGUAUGUGUGCCGGCUGAACCGGAGUGACAGUGACAGCUCCACUCUGUCCAAAAAGCCACCUUUUGUUCGAAACUCCCUGGAGCGACGCAGUGUCCGGAUGAAGCGGCCUUCAUCUGUCAAAUCCCUGCACUCAGAGCGCCUGAUCCGCACCUCACUGGACCUUGAACUAGACCUGCAGGCAACGAGGACCUGGCACAGCCAGCUGACCCAGGAGAUCUCGGUACUGAAGGAGCUGAAGGAGCAGCUGGAACAGGCCAGGAAGCAGGGCGAGCAGGAGCUGCCAGCGAGGCUGCGGGAGGACGAGCGCUUCCGUCUGCUGCUGAGGAUGCUGGAGUGGAGGCCCCUGGCGUCUCUACAGAUGGAUCGUGCCGAGCACAAGGGUGAGCUGCAGGCAGAGAAGAUGGUGAGAGCAGCCGCCAAGGACGUGCACAGGCUUCAGGGCCAGAGCUGUAAGGAGCCCCCGGAAGUGCAGUCUUUCAGGGAGAAGAUGGCGUUUUUCACCCGUCCUCGGAUGAAUGUGUCAACCCUGUGUGCAGACGACGUCUAA